AGCAGGAAAGCAGGGAGAACAGACUCUGAAAGACCUGUAGAUUGUGUCCCAAUCGAUAAAGCUAGAGUUUCGGUGCUUGUCUUUUAAUUGCUUUACUUUGAAGGACCCGGAAGAGCCCCUUAUUGCUACACUUUCGCUGACACGGCAGGUGGACGCAGCUGGUUAGUUCACGAAAAGCGUCGCGGCUAAUAAUGUGCACUUUUUAAGGCCAGGAGCUAACUGAUACUCGGAAAGUAUGCUAACUUAAGCGGUCCGGUAUGAAAACUCCCCCUCCGUGGGAAACAGCGAUACAAGUCAUUUCUAUUCUCCUCACUGGCCGCUAUUGUUUUAGUUAAUCUGCAGUGGGUUUUUUUUAUGGGCUCGACGGAUUUUAACUUCGUUUUAGCUUAGUAGCUAACUAACCGUACUUGCUAACCGCGUCACAAGCUAGCAAGUGAACUCAGCAGCAUGCGCGCUAAAAGUUAACAGUAGCACUGAGAGGUUGUAGUCAUUUCAUCUAAGGUUAAACCCAGGCGUUAUUCAUCUGUUGCCAGCUUGGGUUGAUUCAACGUGAUUUGGGGCGUCGCCUUUCGGGCACCGUCAGAGAGCAAACAGCCUAUCCCGGAGGAUCCACCGUCACACACUCGAAAUGCUUGCUUUUUGUAACUUGUAGCCAACGUCUGGCCUUAAAAACACACUAUGGAUCGUGUCGUCUGCCAGUUAGUUUUAUCUCAAGCUACAAUGUGAGCUGUCUGGACAAGAAAGGCAUUUGACUCGUGACCUAUCGCUGUAGGACGGUACGGGAGAAGAAGCUCCAGCCCUCCAAAAAAAAAAAAAAAAAAAAAAAAAAAAAAAACGAGCAGAAAAGACGCACCGAGACCGAGUCCUGCCUGCACCCGAGUCCGUGAUCGCCGUCCACUUAACGGUUUAACGCCUCCCGUAUGCAUGCGUCUACGCCCAUCUUAACAUCCUGAAAGCAGAGUCGGAUCGAGGGAGGGAGGGAGGCAACGGCAGCAGCUCCGGGGUCCCCUACACUCAGCCGAGGAGAGGCAUCGCUGAAAUGAGAUGAGGCUCAGAAAUGGAACUGUGGCCACCGCGAUCAUUUUCUUCACGUCUUUCCUCAGCCUGUCCUGGUACACAGCGUGGCAGAAUGGCAAAGAGAAGCUGAUAGCAUACCAGCGGGAGUUCCAUGCCCUGAAAGAGCGCCUUCGAGUGGCAGAGCACAGGACGCUGCAACGCUCUUCUGAACUCAACAACAUUCUUGAGCAGUUCAGACGUGCCAUCGCAGAGACUAACAGCAGCAAAGAUGCCCUCACAAACUUCUCUGAUGAGACACAGAAACUGCUGAAGGAGCUUGCAAAUAGGAAGCCUCUCCAGGUACCAAAUAUCUACCACCACCUGCCUCACCUUCUCAACAAUGAAGGCAGCUUGCACCCUGCUGUGCAGGUUGGUCUUGGCCGAACAGGAGUUACCAUGGUAAUGGGGAUCCCCACAGUUAAGCGGAAGGUGAAGUCUUAUCUGUCAGAAACGCUGCGAUCGCUCAUAGACAAGCUGUCACCAGAGGAGAAACUUGACUGUGUCAUUAUUGUCUUCGUUGGGGAGACUGAUCUUGACUACGUUCAGAGCGUGGUUACUGGCCUUGAGAAAGAGUUCUCUACAGAGCUGAGUUCAGGCUUACUGGAGGUAAUUUCUCCUCCAGCCGCUUAUUACCCCGACCUCACCAACCUCAAAGAGACUUUCGGAGAUUCCAAAGAGCGGGUCAGAUGGAGAACCAAGCAGAAUCUGGACUAUUCCUUCCUCAUGAUGUAUGCUGUCAGCAAAGGGGUUUACUAUGUCCAGCUCGAGGAUGACAUUGUGGCCAAGCCUAACUAUUUUGCCACCAUGAAGAACUUUGCCUUGCAGCUCUCGUCUGAGGACUGGAUGAUACUGGAGUUCUCUCAGCUGGGCUUCAUUGGGAAAAUGUUUCAAGCUCCAGACCUAAACCUCAUUGUCGAGUUCAUCUUUAUGUUCUACAAGGAGAAGCCCAUCGACUGGCUACUGGACCACAUUCUCUGGGUCAAAGUCUGCAAUCCUGAAAAAGAUGCGAAACACUGUGAGCGGCAGAAAUCCAGCCUACGUGUGCGGUUCAGACCCUCCCUUUUUCAACAUGUGGGGCUCCAUUCUUCUCUUGCUGGAAAGAUCCAAAAACUCACAGACAAGGACUUCCUGAAACCACUGCUGCACAAGAUGCAUGUGAACCCCCCAGCUGAGGUUUCCACUUCAAUGAAGGUGUAUCAGGGUCACACACUGGAGAAGACAUACCUAGGAGAAGACUUUUUCUGGGCCAUCACUCCUACUGCUGGUGACUACAUCCUCUUCAAAUUUGACAGACCUGUUAGCAUAGAGAGGUUCCUGUUUCGCAGUGGUAACCAGGAGCACCCAGGGGACAAGAUCGAGAACACGACAGUGGAAAUACUGCCUGUCUCGGAAGCUGGACUACCGCCCAAAGACAAGUACAAACGAACUGAGGAUCGCUUUUACAGAAUUGGUCAGUUUGAAAAAGGUGUGGCAGAAGGAGCUGUAGAUCCGUCUUUCAAUCCUGUCCUGGCACUACGGCUCUCGGUUCUCAAAGACUCAGCUGUGUGGGCCAUCCUCAGUGAAAUACACAUAAAGAGGAUAGCAGGCUGACUGUUGCAAGGGGACGUAUGAAUCAUGGCCCCUGGGGGACCAAAAUCUCUAGACUGCAUAUGCGGGGCCUCUGGCACCUAGCAACCAGCAGUGAAGUCAUUAGAGGCCACUAGAGUCGCUCGUCCGAGCUCGUCUGUGGAACGCCACCUCUUUGGCUUCGCUCCUCCAAAUGUAACCUGUCAUUUUGCUUCUCAUCGAUCGAUUUCUCCCAUUUCUUCUGCAUCUCUUCCUCACUCUUGUGCUCUUAAUUAAUUUGUGAGAAUGUGAAUACUACUGUUUAAGAACCAACAGCAGAGUGUGUGAAGAAAUCUGUUCCCGGCUCUCGCAGUGACUGUGUCAUUCAGCAGCUUUGAACCCAAUCAGAAACCGUUUGGAUGAAUACAGACAAAUCCUCACAUCUGGGGAGAACCAGUCAGCUGGCCACUGGUUAAGACGCUGCCAAAUCCUUCUUUGUUACUCAAUGCUGCCACCUUUGGGCGAGCUGGGGUAUUGCACUGUCACUAACGCCACAGCAAAGCCCGUGAUGAUUAAGAAUGUUGUCAUCACUAAUGACCAGUUGCUCUCUGUUCUCGUCUGAGAUGUCUGAGUUUUUGAUGAACACCAGCCCAAACAAAACAUUUUCCUUAUUUCCAGAGUAUCAUCAGUCAAAUACUUCACUUGUCCUGAAACUCAGGAUAAGUUCCUAAAUCAUGCCCAUAGUCAGUCAGUGACGACUUUGACCACAGGCAAGAUUCUGUAAUAAGUACCACAGUACAUCUAGAGUAUAAGUACCAUGACACCAUAUCUAUGUCACUUCCUGUCUGACAGGCUGUGUAUGACCUCAGUGUCCAUUUAUAGUAAACCAAUCAGACAUUGCCUUGGCAUCAUUGUCCUGAAGGAAUAUAUUGUUAUAUUGAUAUAUUAUUACAGCUAUGACGAUCUAUGAAGGUGAUUUAAUUUAUUUGAAAUAAAUCUUUAAUUUGUACAAGAGGUAAAAUAUAUUUUUAUUCUAUUAAGAGAUGUUUAUGGUAGUUCAGAGUCUGUUUUAUUUGUGUACGGUUUGUGUUUUUUUAAAAUUGUACUGUGCAUAUUAUUUCUUUUAUUAUAGCUACUUAGGAAGUUGCAUCGUCUGCUGGAGCAAGUAGCUCGUCUUAGUCUGUACUAUCCGUUACUUUACACCUGUAAGCCAACAAAAAUUGUUGAUUUUCACUGCUAAAAACUAAAUUGUGAGGGAGUUGUGAAUGGAUUCUGUUGAAAUGGAUCAGAAUUAGAAAAAUGUGCCUUAAAUCCAGGUUCCUUAAAAUUGUCUCUGCAACAUUAUUCUAAUGUUCCCUCCCACUUUUCAGUGCACCUUGUUUUUGCUGGAUAUAGUGAUAUUCUGUAAAUAACUCACUGGCUAUUUAGUGAUGGGUAGUUAGGAACACUAGCUCUGUGUUAUGCUGAGUUGAAGUGGAAAAUAAGUUCUUUUGUUCCAGGUAACCAUUUGAAACGGCAUGAUUUGCACCGCUUUUUUGCCUUUUUUCACACCUUUCACAAUUGUACGUGUAUUCCAUUUUUCCUUAGGAAUUGUUACUUAACAGACUUUAUCUAACAUGCUUAAUUUAUUUUUGUCUGGUCACAUAUCUAUUUUUUUUUUUUUUUGAUUGGACAGAAUAUUAUGACUACUGAUCAUUGCAGAGUGCUCCUUUUUGUUGUAUAAUUUGGCUGAGGUAGUGUAGUACUUUCACUGAUUGUAAAUAUAUAUAUGAAAAAGUGAUGAUGAAAGUCAUCUCUUUAUCUCACUGUCGCUCUGCUUCUCUUAAAGGUUUAUUGAAAUUUACAUGACAUGUUUAGUGUUUGUGUGUGGCCAAUGUUAUGAGAGAAAGCUAUUUUUAAAUGUGUUCUCAUUGUAGGCGUCUGGUUUAUUCAAGGGGGCUGUGAAGUGCCUUAUAGUGGAAUUAAAAUUAUUGAUCUUGCUUAUUUGCUAGCAUGAUCAUAAUUUGUACUCUGUAAACAGUGUUUUCUCUUCCUGGUCAAGGCAGGCUCCUCCACCCCCUGAUCAAACCAUUCAUGCAAGAACUAAAGCUUAACAUUACCUCUUCAUCCAAUUUGUAUCGUCUGUAUUGGGAUUUACAGGGUGGAAAAUGAUGUUUGGGAGUGGGAAACAUACUUUAACUAAUGCUAGUUGGCUUCUAACUUGUUCUGCAUCCAUGUUCAAGUUACACUUGAAUGCAUGUAAACAGCAUGAGGAGUCAUGUGAUGCCUGGAGAUGCUCUACUGUAAAGUGGAUAAUGGACAGGAGAUGAAAAACAAAGCAUCUAUUCCCCUGCUUGACUACAAACUCCAUACACCCAUCAGUUCAUGUGCCUUCAUGUACAUGUGUAUGCCUGCCUCUGAUACUUUUGACAUCAUUUUUCAUGGACAUCUUUGAAAUAAAUGACAAAGUGUUGCUA